AUGGCGUCACCACCAUUGGGGGUGGAUGAUUUAGCUAGGCAGAGUAGCAGCCGGAGUAGCAGCCGGAGGAGCUGGCGGUCUACUAGUGUUAGAGAAAUGUGGAAUGCUCCAGAUGUGUUCCAGCGGAGCAGCAGGCAGCAGAUGGUGGAUGAGGAGGAGGAGCUCAAGUGGGCUGCCAUAGAGCGACUGCCAACGUAUGAUAGGAUGAGGAAGGGAAUGUUGAGACAGGCCAUGAGCAAUGGGAGGUAUGUGACUGAAGAAGUUGAUGUUGCGAAACUUGGGGUACAAGACAAGAAGCAGUUGAUGGAGAGCAUACUUAAGGUUGUUGAGGAUGAUAAUGAAAGGUUCUUGAAGAGGCUCAGGGCUCGAAACGACAGGGUCGGUAUCGACAUUCCUAAGGUUGAGGUUAGAUUUGAGAAUUUAUCAAUAGAGGGAGAUGCAUAUGUUGGCACCAGAGCUCUUCCAACUUUGCUGAAUUCUACCUUGAACCAAAUUGAGGGACUAAUUGGAUUGAUUGGACUCUCAAAAUCGAACAAAAGAAUCGUCAAGAUACUCCAAGAUGUGAGCGGUAUUGUUAAACCAUCAAGGAUGACAUUGCUUCUUGGACCUCCAUCAUCAGGGAAAACAACGCUACUGAAAGCACUUGCUGGCAAACUUGAUAGGGAUCUAAGGGUAACUGGGAAAGUGACCUACUGUGGCCAUGAAUUCCAUGAAUUUGUGCCUCAGAGAACCUCUGCUUAUAUCAGUCAGCAUGAUCUCCAUUAUGGUGAGAUGACAGUUCGCGAAACACUGGAUUUCUCUGGACGUUGCCUUGGAGUUGGAACAAGGUAUGAUAUGCUAGUAGAGAUGUCUAGAAGGGAGAAAGAUGCAGGUAUCAAACCUGAUCCUGAAAUCGAUGCAUUCAUGAAAGCCACAUCUAUGGCAGGCACCGAAACUAGCUUGAUCACAGAUUAUGUUCUCAAGAUACUUGGAUUAGAUAUAUGUGCUGAUAUAAUGGUGGGUGAUGAUAUGAGAAGGGGUAUCUCUGGUGGGCAAAAGAAGCGUGUAACAACCGGAGAAAUGUUGGCUGGACCAGCGAAAGCAUUUUUCAUGGAUGAAAUCUCAACGGGGUUGGACAGUUCCACAACCUUUCAGAUUACCAAGUUCAUGAGGCAGAUGGUUCAUAUUAUGGAUGUGACAAUGGUCAUCUCUCUCUUGCAGCCUGCGCCUGAGACAUAUGAUCUUUUUGAUGAUAUUAUUCUUAUUUCUGAGGGUCAGAUUGUGUACCAAGGCCCGCGUGAGAACGUGCUUGAAUUCUUCGAAUAUAUGGGAUUCAGAUGCCCUGACAGAAAAGGUGUUGCAGACUUCUUGCAAGAAGUGACCUCAAAGAAGGACCAAGAACAAUACUGGUAUCGGAAGAACCAACCUUAUAGAUAUAUCUCGGUCACAGAUUUUGUAGACGCUUUCAACUCUUUUCAUAUUGGUCAACGGCUUGUGGAAGAACUGAGAGUUCCAUAUGAUAAAAGAUCAGCCCAUCCUGCUGCCUUGGUGAAGGAAAAGUACGGAAUAUCUAAUAUGGAGCUCUUCAAGGCAUGCUUACAAAGGGAAUGGCUGCUGAUGCAGCGUAACUCUUUCGUAUACAUAUUCAAAACUACGCAGAUAACCAUCAUGGCAACAAUUGCUUUCACGGUAUUUUUAAGAACUGAAAUGAAACAUGGGAAAGAAGAGGAUUCGGCAAGGUUUUGGGGAGCGCUGUUUUUCAGUCUCAUCAAUGUCAUGUUUAAUGGAGUGGCAGAACUUUCAAUGACAGUUUUCAGGCUUCCAGUGUUCUUUAAACAGAGGGAUGCCUUGUUCUACCCGGGGUGGGCUUUUGGGUUGCCCAUUUGGCUAACCAGAAUUCCCAUUUCAUUUAUGGAAUCUUUUAUAUGGAUAGCUUUAACAUAUUACACCAUAGGAUUUGCACCUGCUGCCAGUAGGUUCUUCAAACAGUUCUUGGCUUUCUUUGGUAUACAUCAGAUGGCAGUCUCCAUGUUCCGUUUCAUCGCUGCACUUGGAAGAACAGAAGUUGUUGCAAACACAAUUGGUUCAUUUACACUGCUAUUGGUUUUUAUUCUCGGAGGUUAUAUUGUUGCUAGAGAUGAUAUUAAGCCGUGGAUGAUAUGGGGGUUCUAUUCUUCACCUAUGAUGUAUGGACAAAAUGCAAUUGCUAUCAACGAGUAUCUUGAUAAAAGAUGGAGCGCUCCUCUCCCUAACGGCCGUAUGCCCACUGUCGGACAGACCAUUCUGAGGGAAAGAGGCCUGUUUACAGAAGAAUAUUGGUAUUGGAUUUGUAUUGGAGCACUCCUCGGGUUUUCGGUUCUUUUUAAUGUUCUUUUCAUUGGAGCACUGACCUUCUUAAAUCCUCUUGGCGGUACCAAAACUCUGAUCAAUGAUGAUGGCUCUGAAACCGAUAAGAAGCCACGAUCGACAUCCAAUUCAGAAGGUAUUGAUAUGCAAGUGCAAAACGCUCAGGGAAGUAGUUCAAAUGGUCAAGUGAAACGAGGAAUGGUUCUGCCCUUCCAGCCCCUUUCACUAGCUUUCAACCAUGUCAACUACUAUGUGGAUAUGCCUCUGGAAAUGAAAACCCAAGGGAUUGAAGAGACUCGACUCCAACUACUUCGAGAUGUUAGUGGUGCAUUCAGGCCAGGUAUCCUGACUGCAUUAGUUGGUGUUAGUGGUGCUGGAAAAACUACCUUGAUGGAUGUCUUAGCUGGAAGAAAGACCGGCGGAUACAUUGAAGGAAGCAUUAGCAUCUCUGGAUACCCAAAGAACCAAGCCACAUUUGCUCGGGUCAGCGGUUAUUGUGAACAAAACGACAUUCAUUCACCAUAUGUGACUGUUUAUGAAUCUCUCUUAUACUCUGCUUGGCUGCGUCUUGCCCAGGACGUUACGAAGUCUACACGAAAGAUGUUUGUUGAUGAGGUUAUGGAUUUGGUCGAGCUUAACCCGUUGAGAAAUGCUUUAGUUGGACUUCCGGGAGUUGAUGGACUUUCAACUGAGCAGAGAAAGAGGCUUACCAUUGCUGUAGAAUUGGUUGCCAACCCUUCCAUCAUCUUCAUGGAUGAGCCGACAUCAGGUCUUGAUGCUAGAGCAGCUGCUAUUGUUAUGCGUACUGUAAGAAAUACUGUGGAUACCGGGCGAACUGUUGUUUGCACUAUUCACCAGCCUAGCAUUGACAUUUUUGAAGCUUUUGAUGAGUUAUUCUUAAUGAAAAGAGGAGGACAAGUCAUUUAUGCUGGACCUCUAGGUCCCCAGUCCCACAAGCUUGUUGAAUAUUUCGAGGCAAUUCCUGGAGUUCCCAAGAUUAAAGAAGGCUACAAUCCUGCUACUUGGAUGUUAGAGGUCAGCUCAGCUUCAGUUGAGGCUCAAAACAACGUUGACUUCGCAGAAAUUUUUGCAAAUUCUGAACUCUAUAGACAAAAUCAGGAACUUAUCAAGGAACUGAGCACACCACAACCUGGUUCUAGUGACCUUUACUUUCCCACCCAAUACUCACAAAGUUUCAUAACUCAAUGCCAUGCUUGCUUUUGGAAACAACACUGGUCGUACUGGAGGAACUCGCGAUACAAUGCCAUUAGGCUUUUCAUGACAGCUGGUAUUGGCAUACUAUUUGGUGUUAUCUUCUGGGGCAAAGGAGACUCCAUACAUAAACAACAAGACUUGAUAAAUCUUUUGGGAGCUACCUAUUCCGCUGUUCUUUUCCUUGGAGCAAGCAAUGCUAAUGCUGUGCAAUCUGUGGUUGCGAUUGAGAGAACAGUCUUCUACCGUGAAAGAGCUGCAGGGAUGUAUUCAGAGUUACCUUAUGCAUUUGCUCAGGUUGCUAUUGAGACAAUUUACGUUGCAAUCCAAACCUUUAUGUAUUCAUGCAUUCUGUAUUCUAUGAUCGGGUACGUUUGGACGGUGGAGAAGUUUUUGUACUUCUACUACUUCAUAUUCAUGUGCUUUACCUACAUGUCCAUGUACGGAAUGAUGAUGGUUGCACUAACUCCUGGCCAUCAAAUUGCUGCAAUCGUUUCUUCCUUCUUCACGAGCUUCUGGAACUUGUUCUCCGGUUUCCUCAUUUCCAGGCCGCUAAUUCCGGUGUGGUGGAGGUGGUACUACUGGGGGUCUCCAAUUGCUUGGUCAAUCUAUGGCAUCUUCGCGUCUCAAGUUGGCGACAACAAGGAUCUGAUUGUAACUUCUCAGGGAGAAGUGAGAGUGGAUGUGUUCAUUAAAGAUAACUUUGGUUAUGACUACGACUUUUUAAUCCCCGUGGUGUUUGCUCAUAUUGGUUGGGUCCUUCUCUUCUUCUUCGUCUUUGCCUACGGCAUCAAGUACCUUAACUUCCAGAGGAGAUAAGCAACUUCUAUGUGCAGCUAAGCUGAGAAACCUUCAAGUUGUGUAUUGAUAUAGUAUUGAGUCAGAUGCAAGAAAUUAUGUUCACUUCUUUCGUAUUGUUUGUAUUCUUUGAUGUUUGAUAAAGUAAAAGGCUUGGCAUUCUUCUGUUUAACCAAACAUGAGAAAUCAUUUCUUGAUAUGGAAUCAAUUAAAACUUGAAAACA